CUCAUUGGCGGGAAACACACUAUGCCACGUCGGACAAAAAUCUCGACAGUUAUAUACACCGAUGCCCAGGCCUACCAGCACCGCAAUCAAAGCACCUCUUAACAAAUGGCAACGAAAUCUCACCGUUCGAUCAACGCACCAGUCCAUCCCUCACCGUCGAUCUGGGCUCCGGCUAUACUCCUCUCUCUCCUGAUUCUAACCACCACCCGGUGCGCGGAAGCCCAAAGCUCACCGCCCUCCACCGCCUCACAGAUCAAAUCCAAGCCGUUCAAUCCCUCCUCCGCCUUCAUCAUCACCGUUCUUGUCAUCGGCAUCUUCUUCGCCGGCUUCCUCUCCGUCUACCUCCGCGGAUGCGCCCGCCCGGCCGCUGCUGGCACCUCCGGCGGUGAUUCCCCGCCGUCGGCUUUCGUAGGCAUCAAGCGCGGGCUCGAUCCGACCAUUCUAGCUUCGUUCCCGUCGAUGCCCUACGCCGAGGUCCGGGAACUGAAGCUCGGCCUCGGUGCUCUCGAAUGCGCCGUUUGCCUCCUCGAGUUUGAAGACGAUGAAACCCUAAAACUCCUCCCCAGAUGCUGCCACGUGUAUCAUUCCGACUGCAUCGACGCCUGGCUUGCGGCCCACGUCACCUGCCCGGUUUGCCGAUUCAACCUCGCCGCCGCUCCGACCGAGGAUCACGUCGCCAUCGACGUCAGCGAUGAGAGAGAGGCCGAGGUUGCGGAGCUGGCAAGGAUCGGAAGUAGGAAAAGGGAGCUGAGAUCGAGAUCCAUUCGGGGGCCCCGAUUCGGGAGGUCGAGAUCGGCGGGGAACUUGGCGGCAGUGAGGGUGGAUAGGUUUACACUGAGGUUGCCGGAGCCGGUGAUGGAGGAGGUCAUUGAUGCGGCGACGUCGUCCGGCCAGCACCGGCGAGCGGUGAGCUGCGCGGUUGGAAGAAGCGGGCGUUGGAUCUCGAGGGCGCUCUCAGUGAAACAACCCAAAAUUGAACCCUAUUCGGCCGAAUUCGACCCGGUUUAAAUCGGUUCAGUUUUAAACCGGUUCGGUUUUUUUCCAACAAAAUGCUAAAAUUAGUGCGUGCAUCGGUUUAUGUAUAUAUUUUCCCAUAUAUCCUUCGAAUAUUCUAAUUUCUAAUUAUUAAAAAAUACUCUUUUUUUUAUCUCGAAACCUCA